GGCUCUUUCCCGCCGCCGCCGCCGCCGCCGCCCCGCGAAGCUCCCUCAGAGCAGCGCCGGCGGGGCCCGCCAGGGAGAGCGAGCGCCAGGGGCGGGAAGGAGGCAUGUGAGGCGCCUUCGCCCGCCGCCGCCUUCGCUUACCUCCGCCUCUUCCCCCCCCCCGGCCGCCCCCCGCUCGCCCCUCACUGCCGCCGCCAUGGCGCUGAAGAUGGUGAAAGGCAGCAUCGACCGCAUGUUCGACAAGAACCUCCAGGACCUGGUGCGCGGCAUCCGCAACCACAAGGAGGACGAGGCAAAGUACAUCUCUCAGUGCAUCGAUGAGAUCAAGCAGGAACUGAAGCAGGAUAACAUUGCCGUGAAAGCCAAUGCUGUCUGCAAGCUCACCUACUUGCAAAUGCUGGGCUACGACAUCAGCUGGGCAGCCUUCAACAUCAUCGAAGUCAUGAGCGCCUCAAAGUACACCUUCAAAAGGAUCGGGUACCUGGCAGCCUCGCAGUGCUUUCACGAAGGGACCGACGUCAUUAUGCUGACAACGAACCAGAUCCGAAAGGACCUGAGUAGCCCCAACCAGUAUGACACCGGCGUUGCACUGACUGGUUUGUCCUGCUUUGUGACUCCUGAUCUGGCCAGAGACUUGGCCAACGACAUCAUGACCCUGAUGUCUCACACGAAGCCUUACAUCAGGAAGAAGGCAGUGUUAAUCAUGUACAAAGUGUUCUUGAAAUACCCAGAGUCCCUUCGCCCUGCGUUCCCUCGCCUUAAGGAGAAGUUGGAAGACCCAGAUCCCGGUGUCCAGUCAGCCGCCGUGAACGUCAUCUGCGAGCUGGCCAGGCGCAACCCGAAAAACUACCUUUCCCUUGCUCCGCUCUUUUUUAAGCUGAUGACGUCGUCCACCAACAACUGGGUCCUCAUUAAAAUUAUCAAACUGUUUGGUGCUCUCACUCCUUUGGAACCCAGGCUAGGGAAGAAGCUCAUUGAACCCCUCACCAACCUCAUCCACAGCACUUCCGCCAUGUCGCUGCUUUACGAAUGUGUGAACACAGUGAUUGCAGUGUUGAUCUCUCUCUCUUCGGGGAUGCCCAACCACAGUGCCAGCAUCCAGCUCUGCGUUCAGAAGCUGAGGAUACUGAUAGAAGAUUCGGACCAGAACUUGAAAUAUCUGGGGCUGCUGGCGAUGUCCAAGAUCCUGAAAACCCACCCCAAAUCGGUCCAGUCCCACAAGGAUCUCAUCCUGCAGUGCUUGGAUGAUAAAGACGAGUCCAUCCGCCUCCGGGCCUUGGAUCUUCUGUAUGGGAUGGUGUCCAAGAAGAACUUGAUGGAGAUUGUGAAGAAGCUGAUGAUCCACGUGGACAAAGCGGAAGGGACAACCUACAGGGACGAGCUGCUGACCAAAAUCAUUGACAUAUGUAGCCAGUCCAAUUACCAAUACAUCACCAAUUUCGAAUGGUACAUCAGCAUCUUGGUGGAGCUGACCCGCCUGGAGGGGACCCGCCACGGCCACCUCAUUGCUUCCCAGAUGCUUGACGUGGCCAUUCGCGUCAAGGCCAUCCGCAAGUUCGCCGUCUCCCAGAUGGCCAUGCUGUUGGACAACGCCCACCUCCUGGCCAGCAACACCCAGCGCAACGGGAUCUGUGAGGUCUUGUAUGCCGCAGCCUGGAUCUGCGGGGAGUUCUCUGAGCACCUCGAGGAGCCUCACCAGACUCUGGAAGCCAUGCUGCGGCCCAAGGUCACCACGCUGCCCGGCCACAUCCAGGCUGUGUACGUCCAAAACAUGGUGAAAUUGUACGCCGCAAUCCUGCAGCAGAAGGAGCAGGCUGGCGAGAAGGAGGUGGCGCAGGAGGCGACGCAGAUGAUGAUUGAGCGCCUGCCGCAAUUCGUGCAGAGUGCGGACCUCGAGGUCCAGGAAAGGGCCUCUUGCAUCCUCCAGCUCAUGAAAUACAUCCACAAGCUUCAGAUCAAAGAGGUCCCCGUAGCCGAGGAAGUGAUCGCCUUGUUCGCUGGGGAGCUCAACCCCGUCGCCCCCAAAGCCCAAAAGAAAGUGCCCAUUCCAGAAGGCUUGGACCUUGACGCUUGGAUCAACGAGCCUCCCUCGGACAGCGAGUCUGAGGACGAGAAGCCCCGGACCAUCUUCCAUGAGGAGGAACAGAGGCACACAAGGCACCGGCAGCCUGAAAUGGACGAGGAGGAACUGAAGAGGCGCCGAGAAGUCCGGAAGCAAGAACAAGCGAACAACCCAUUCUACAUCAAAAGUUCUCCUUCCCCACAGAAGAGGUACCAAGAUAGCCCCGGCGUCGAGCACAUACCUGUGGUGCAAAUUGACCUCUCCGUUCCUCUGAAAGUUCCUGGCUUGCCGGUUUCUGACCAGUAUGUGAAGCUGGAAGAGGAGCGUCGGCACCAGCAGAAGCUGGAGAAGGACAAGAAGAAGAAGAAGCAGAAGAAACAGGAGAAGGAGAAGCGGGGAAAGCACCACCGGCGCCACAACUCGCUGCACACCGAGAGCGACGAGGACAUUGCGCCCGCACAACAUGUGGACAUCAUCACGGAGGAGAUGCCAGAAAAUGCUCUGCCCAGCGACGAGGAUGACAAGGACCCCAACGACCCCUACAAGGCCCUGGACAUUGACCUUGACAAGCCUUUGGCGGACAGCGAGAAGCUUCCGGUGCAGAAACACAGGAACGCCGACGACCUCAAGUCGCCCCAGGAGGCGGAAGUGCUCUCCGCAGAGAAGAAGAGCAAGCGACCGAAGAAGAAGGAGAAGAAGCACAAAGAGAAGGAGCGGGAGAAAGAGAAGAGGAAGGAGAGGGAGAGGAAGAUCGAGGAGGAGGUGGAGGAGGAGCAAGAGGAAGAGGAGAAGAAGCAGGAAGACAUGGACUUCUGGCUUUCUGACGGUCCGCCGCCUGCAGCUGCUACGGAAGCAAAGAGCCCUUCUGAGCCGAGCGUGAAUCUCGCAGGGGCUGGGGAGCCAGUGGGGGCCCAGAAGGAAGUGCGAGAAGAAGAGCUGGAGGAGGAAGAGGAAGGAAAGUCAAAGUCCUCCAAGCACAAGAAGAAGAAGCACAAGAAAGAGGAGAAGUCCAAGGAUAAGAAGUCGAAAAAACACCAGGGCAACAGUGGAGAGGAGCUCCCUGCAGAAUCGGUGCAGAACGGGACGCUGGAGGAUGAACCGUUACCGCCAAUGUCAAGUUACGCCCUCCUUGCCGAAAACGCGUACAUCAAAAUGACCUACGACAUCCAGGGGAACCUGCAGAACGACAGCCAGGUGACCGUCUCCAUCAUCUUCGAGAACAAAAGCAGCAGCUUCCUGAAGAGCAUGGAGCUGAAUGUCCUGGACUCACUCAACACUAAAAUGUUCCGGCCGGAAGGCUCCUCGAUACAUGACGGAAUUCCUGUCCCCUUCCAGCUGCCCCCUGGGGUGUCCAACGAAGCCCAGUUUGUCUUCACCUUGCAAAGUAUUGUCAUGGCGCAGAAACUAAAAGGAACCCUCACGUUUAUCGUCAAAGACGAGGAAGGCUCAACACACGAAAAGCUGGACUUCAAGUUGCAUUUCAGCUGCGCCUCCUACCUUAUCACGACGCCCUGUUACAGUGAUGCUUAUGCCAGGUUGCUGGAGUCGGGGGACCUGCACGCCAGAUCCUUCAAAGUCGACAGCAUCACCAUGCCUUUCCACCACCUCCUGGCGAAAAUCUGCUUCCACCAUCACUUCUCAGUUGUCGAGCGAGUGGGCUCCUGCGCAUCGAUGUAUAGCCGUUCUAUCCAGGGCCAUCAUGUCUGUCUGUUAGUUAAAAAGGGAGAGAACUCCGUCUCCGUCGAUGCCAAGUGCAAUGAGCUGACCUUGCUGGGCAACCUGCUGUCUGAACUCAAGGAGACCUUGUCAAAGUGCUGAGUUGCUCCCGAGAAACUGGUGCGAUCCGUUCUCCUCCCCCCGCCUGCCCCCAAGAGAGGAGUGUCGUGAGGCUCACACAGACUGAAUCCGGCCGAGCGAUGAAGAAUUCUCUCACCUCCCCUCUCUCUCCCAUGCGCACGUACGGUCCUCCCCUACCUGCCCCUCCUGGGGGUGGGCAUUUUCCCACUCCCACUCCGCCCUGGGACGUGGGGGUGGGUGUUGUUUUUCGGUUCUGGCGGUUUACACAUCCCGAAGCUGUCGUCUUUUCUCUCUCUCCCCCCUUCCCUCACAUUCCAUUUUGAACUUUUCGACCAGCCGUGGUGGGGAACUUCUUCUGUACCACAGAAGCUCCCUACCAUCGUUGACGCAGCCACCCAAGAGAUCCUUGCCACAGUCCAUGGCCGCAUGAGGUGUGGUGCUGAGCGGCCCAAGAAAUCGCAGGCACCGCAUCUCUUUAAAUCGGCUCCAAUUUCACGGUUGCUCUUCUGGGUCACCACCCUCCAUAGUGUUGGUGUGGUGGUCCACAUCCAGGCUGACUGUACCUGUAAUUAGUUUUGUUGUUGCUGUUGUUGGGGUUUUGGGUUUUUUUACGUUGGCUUCCCUCCACCACAAGCCAGUUGUGUUUGCCUCCCCUUCUGCCUCCCGAGGACGGGAUUCAUUCCUGUUCUGCGAGAUCAAUCAAUUCCC